GGAAGAGAUACAGUCGGAAUCAUCCAGAGAGUGGAACGGAAACAUUGAAGUGCUUGGGUCAUACUCUGCAGUCAAUGUAACUAGACGAGUAGUAUAGCAUGUCCCUUUUCCUUUAUACUGCUUGCAGUGUUUGUGGGUUUACAGUGGUUACGACUUCUUCUAGCCUAUGAUACGUUUUAUAAUAACGUUUUUAAAACAAUGGAAGCCUGAUUGGUAUUACCUUUAAUUCGUCUUUCGGGAACUGUUCAGGUUGAAUGUCGGGAUAGAAGUCUUGUGGUGUCUGCGCUCUUGGCAUUUUCUGAUAUUGAACCUCGAUUCGAAGCUAUUGGUAAGAUGCGGAUGGUGUUCAUCCCAUCACUAAGCAGUAUGAGUCAAUGUGGCUACAUGUUCAGUAUCCUCCCUCUGCCUGGCCAUGUUGAGCUCAGAGCCUCCAACUUCUCCUGUCACACUGACAGAAGGAAACUAAAGAGGGAGCCCAAGGCAGGUGGUCCUUCCUCCAUUCUCCAACAGGACCCUUCACCAUCCCUCCUUCCUGCCCCUGUACAUGGCAGCCAUGGGAUCGGCCCAGUACCCCUGGAGACCCCACCACCAGCUAGGUGAGGACAGGACAGGUGGACCACCACCCCUCUCAGUUAUGACUCCCUCAGAGUUCUUCUACACGGACCCCACCAUGCGCCGGGGACAACGGGUACCGAACAUCGUGACCGAGUUGCAGGUUUUUGAGUGCUUCCAACUCAACACCCCUCGCCCCAUCAUGUCCUUUUGCCCCGCACCCCCCGUCAGACCUGACCCCUUCAGAACACAAGCCCACCCUACCAGAGACCUGGGUGGCCACACCUGGAGGAGGGACGCUCCCCAUCUGCCCAUCACUCCCAGGCUGAGGCCCUUUGCACCCAGGCCCAGAGAGAGGGGACGGAGUCAGGCUGUGAUCCAGCUAAGCCUGGAGGAGGAUCAGGCUAUAACCAACCUACUGAAGCUCCAUUACCAAAUGCCUGCCCAUCCAGAGGUCACCACUGCCGUCAUCUCCACCCAGGUGGCUUGUCCUGAAGGGACAUCGCCAAUUGAUCACACCUCAACCCUUAGCCAGCCAUCAGUGGGUCAGUCCAUUCCCACCACCAAACCAUCUCCAGCUGAAGAGAUGGGGCUCUUUCAUAGAGAGGACCAGCUCUUUGUGUUGGACAUCUUGGAGCACCAACAUCAGAACCAGCCCAGACUGAGGUCUGUUGUGGAGCUGGAGGCAGCUAACGCAUUGCUCACUAUGGAUGAGGAGUCGGUCAGUCUGAUGGAUGAUGAAGGGCCCUGGAACCAGACUCAGACCCUGGACAGGCCCUCUAACAGAAGCCCUGAGAAUCUACAUCUCCAGUACUUCUCACCCGAAGAGUGUGAUGGUGAUGCACUGCCAUUAGAAGACGAUGAAAGCUGCCUAUCCCCAGAAGCUUUGCCUCCAAUGACCAGUAUUUGUGAUGCGGUGGCUCUGAGAAAUGGGACUGUCACAGAGUCUGAGGGGAUGGCUGUGGAUGCCCUGUUAAUACUGGGUGACCUCACAACCCCAUGUUGUCCUCCUUUCAGUUAAUCGCCCACAAAUGUGCACAACAUAUGAUAGUUAAGCUCAGGUUCAAUUCGAGAAAACAAAACUGUAAUUGAAGACCUUUUUACAAGUGUG